AUGAACACUGUCAACGCGUCGACUGGCUACUCUCCCUUCCAGCUCAAAAGUGGUCAUUCUCCCCGACUCAUCCCGCCAUUCGUCCCAUCCAAUCGGACAAAGGAAGAUCGUGAUGCAAGCGCAGUCAUGCAGCAGAUCGAACUGGACGUCAAGGACGCCCAGGACAAUCUCCUCGCCGCCAAGAUUCGCCAGGCAUAUCACGCUAACGAACACAGAGCAGCGGAAGACGUAUUCGAGAAGGGAGACCGUGUUAUGUUGUCCACAGAAAAUAGACGACGAGAGUACAAGCGGAAGGGGGAAAAACGAGUGGCUAAG